UUUAACUGGAGUAUCUGCUGGCAUGACUCUCUUUGGGCUAGUCAAAGACUGCUCAAACGAGGUUGGUGAAGCACUUAUAAGACACUCCUUUCCUUGUUAUUCCCGGAUGGCGGCGACCCAUUCUGUUGCACGUGUAAGUUUUUAUUAGAUAGGAGAGUUGCCUGGAACAACAGUUAGAUUCACACUCGCCUUCGCUACGCCGAGCGGAUCUGUGGAUUGGGAAGCGGUCGGAUGAUGGUCGACGUUAAUCCAUGGCAGACGGAGCUGUUACCGUUGCUGUACCUCAGGAAGAUUUAAAAGCAACGGUCACUAGACAGAGCCAAAAUAUCCCUGUCAAGUUGAACUGUAAAAUGUUUAGCAAUUUAAUACACUGCGAUGCUAAACACACUGACGACCUUUCUGCCCUCAUCAUGAUUGUUGUCAUGGGCUUGAAGGUGACGUGAGAGGUUUUUGUACUUCCUUAACAAGCGGUUAGUAAUAGUGCCCAAUAACAGCCAAGAAGAGUACACACGUAUGCAAUUGGAGGCACAGCAUUGUUGAACGGAAACGGAUUGACUACGCUAACACAGUGCUAUCAGACUGAAAGAGCUCGUUUAAACCUGGCUUGUCUGAAUGUUACCCCGGGCAAUGUUUCGAAAUAUUGUAGCACGCAAAUGAUAUUUCUAAUAUUCAUUUGUAAAAUAAUUCAAUUAAACGACCACACAUGGGGGUUACAACCCCAGUUUGGGAACCUCUUGAGUUAGCACAAACAACUUUUUUUUUUUUUUAAAUUAUUUGUUAUUUCAACUACGUUCAAUUUUGCAAACCUGAUUUCCUGACUGCUGAGUUAUUUGAAUGUGUAUUUUCAUGACAUUUUGAACCUAAAAACGCAAAAACAUCAGAUUUACACCUUUAAUUCUUCAGACCAUCAUUCUUCAUGUUCUGCUGACUCUGUUUUCACUCCAAACACUUUUCUCUCUCUGCUCAACAACUUUGGUAAUAUUCCAGUGUAGUGUGUGUGUGUGUGUGUGUGUGUGUGAGAGAGAGAGAGAGAGAGAGAGAGAGAGACUGUGUAGUGGGCAUGCUGGGAUGUGUAUUUCACAGAUCAGGAAUUGUGAGCUAGAAGUCGCUCUGUACACACACACACACACACACACACACAGCGGGACUAUCCACCAUAGUCUGUGUGCGCACGCGCGUGUAAGUGUGUGUAUGUGUUACACACUCGCUCGGCAGCUAGUGAAUUAAUCCGAAGUUGAAGUUUGGAGUAAUUUUACACCACCAUCAUCCUCUUCCUCCUCAAUCCCAGUCGGAGUUCCAGUUGAAGAGUGUGUGGACGCUAGGCUGGCUCUUCCUGGGGUGUAAGGCACUGAGCGCCUGUCAGCAUGGACGCCCAACUACAAGGCCAGCAGCCACCAAUAGCAGUGUUCCAAGCACAGAAGCCACUCCAGCCAGAGAUGGGCUACAACAGCUUAGCCAAUUAUUACAUUGAGAAGAAGAUCGGACGAGGGCAGUUUAGCGAGGUCUACCGGGCGAAAUACUUGAUAGACAACACUCCAGUAGCUUUGAAAAAAGUUCAGAUAUUCGAUCUGAUGGAUGCCAAAGCCCGGCAAGAUUGCAUCAAAGAGAUAGAUCUCCUGAAGCAACUCAACCACCCCAACGUAAUUAAAUAUCACGCAUCAUUCAUCGAGGAGAACGAGCUAAAUAUAGUGCUGGAGUUGGCGGACGCCGGGGACCUCUCACGUAUGAUAAAGCAUUUCAAGAAACAGAGGAGGCUGAUCCCUGAAAAGACUGUAUGGAAGUACUUUGUUCAGCUGUGCAGCGCACUGGAGCACAUGCACUCCCGGCGUGUAAUGCACAGAGAUAUCAAACCGGCCAACGUCUUCAUCACCGCUACCGGAGUGGUGAAACUAGGCGACCUGGGCUUGGGCCGCUUCUUCAGCUCCAAAACCACCGCCGCACACUCUCUAGUGGGCACCCCUUAUUACAUGUCUCCCGAGAGGAUACACGAAAAUGGAUAUAACUUCAAAUCUGACAUCUGGUCGCUAGGCUGCCUGCUGUACGAGAUGGCUGCUCUUCAGAGUCCAUUCUAUGGGGACAAGAUGAACCUGUACUCACUGUGUAAAAAGAUUGAGCAGUGCGACUACCCACCUCUCCCAUCUGAUCACUACUCGGAAGAGCUGAGAAAGCUGGUAGAUAUGUGCAUCAAUCCGGAUCCGGAGAAGCGGCCUGACAUCACCUACGUGUACGAAAUCGCCAAGCACAUGCACGCUCUGACUCUGGCCAACUGAAUCCAUCCUUCGUCUGCUUCUCCUGUCUAUAGCCCACUCCUGGAUGAUGUUUGCCAGCUAUAUUGUGUGGUUUUUUUCGUUUUCCCCCCUCCCCCAUUUUUUUUUUUUUAAAUAUUUUUUUUUGAAAUCUACUAUGGCUCCUUGGUUCAUGUUACAAUCAUACGCUUCUUUACUACGAGAAGCUCCAAUCCAAACUUGUGCAGGGUCGCUUGAACAAGUCAUCACAUAAUCAUCAACUGUUAAUUCUACUUCUGUGUGGUGUGCAAUGCUACUUACUACCUACACACACACACACACACACACACACACACACACACUUGUCCAUGCACAACUUACAACCAAAGAUUAGAUGACCAUUAUCAAUGUAGAGCUUAUACUUUAAAAAUUGCACAAAAAGGUUAUAAACGUUUUGUCGUCCUCCCCCCUCCCCUUCUUCUGAACAGAAUUUGUAUUGCACACAAAGGAAUACUAAAACCUUAAAGUGUCUCGCUGUGUUUUUGGGUAUCGGUACAGAUGCUGAAACAUCCCUGAUUGUUGAAUGUAAAUGGUUCUUUUUUUUUUGUUGUUGUUGUUGUUGUUUUUUUUUUGUUUUUUUUUUCUCCAUAUGAAAUGAAACUAAGUGUCCCGUGACACUCCUUCAGAAACCCUAUAAAAAGACUGCAAGUUUCCCUUGGUAUCUAUAAAAAAAUAUAUAAUAAUCUCGCUUUCCACUGAAAACGCUUCCCCGAUUGAGUUGCGUAAAUCGUGUUUUUGUAGUUCUAUUACAAGAGAAUGAAGUCAUCACGUACGCGUUUGCAGGUUGCAUGCGCUCCGUAACGAAUCCAGUGCCUUUAGCAUGUUUUUAAAAAAAAAAAAAUCCUUCUUUCAUUUUUUUUUUUUUUUUUUUUUUUUUUUUUUUUUUUUUUUUUAAUAUAUAUAUAAAGAAACACGGGAACAAACUAGGUGUCAUUUUAUAGCAUACUUCCCAAAGACUGGCUAUUUUUAAAACACUUUCUUUUCCCUGCCUGAAUCCCCCCAAAAUACAUGUUUUAUCACUUUGAUUAAAAAAAAAAAAAAAAAACUACAAAAAAAAAA